GAUUUUUAUGAAAUUCUUAUAUGUAAUAGAACUUGAAAAAAUAUUUUCGAGAGAAAGUAUUAACAACACGACGCGACGCAUUCGUAUACCGCCCAGUAUGCUAUGUCGAUAUCAGGAAAAUUAUUACCCCAUGCAUUUCUGUGCAUGCAGGAACCCACGGGAAAAUUUGGUCCGACUGUGCAGAAAGAAGUGGAGAAAUCGAAAGAAGGAUAUAAAAAUGUAAUUGUAACGUCAUCAAAAUCAGGCAAACUAACUAAUGAAUUAUAUAAGUCAUUUUUAAAAUCAGUGAUCCAACCCUACGUGGAAGAUAAAAAAUUUCUUUUAAUUAUUGAUUCUUGUGGAGGGCAGACAAAUAUGCAGAUGUAUGACGAUUUGUUUACCACCGAUGAAGGCGACUGUACCUACACCGUCAAAGUCGUUCUACCCAAGUGCAUGCCGCUGAUCCAGUCCUGCGACGUGUACUUUUAUCGUCAAGUGAAAAAUUUCCUAAAAAAAAUUCAGAACUGUUGUCACCUGUUAGUAAUGGAGUUUGAGCGAGAAAUAUCAACCAGGGAAGAUGAUAUUAAAUUACAUUCGCUCAUUCACAACCAGUUAUAUGCAUCAAUUUUCGUGCUCAUGUUAAAAUACGCCUGAUUUGCAUCAGGCUUGUCGACGGAAAGAGGGGUAUUUGAAAACGUCAACGAAGUCUGCUUUACGCAAGAAAUACAAAGCAGCAGAUGCCUAUGCAACAAUACUGCACUAAUUCGAUGCGCGAGAUGCUUUCCGAAAUUAUGUUUGAUUUGCUUUUAUGACAAGUUUCACCAUUGUGCGGACAAUGAGGGGCACGAUUAACUGGCAGUUGAAGGGCUUUUCUCCUGUUCUUCUUGUGAAACGC